AUGUCUCUUCCUGCUCUGCGCUCCUGGUUUGCUCCUGCUCGCUGUUGCUCCAGGAACCUACGUGUCUUUGCAGCACGGCAUGCAUCCACAGACGCAUCUUCGCCCGACAGACUAGACACUCCGGAGGAAUGGACAGAGUUUCAGCUCCAGCGAGCAGAAUUCAAAAUGCUAGCCGACGCAUUCGAACCUUAUGGCUCCGUUCAGUCUCCGGAAGACACCUGGAAACCUAGCCAUGGUCUUCACAAACCACCCGCGGAAGGGACGGUGUCGGCGCUCCUCGCUUCGGGUGCUCACCUCGGUCAUUCGCGGUCCCUAAUGAACCCAAAUUUUAUGCCAUACGCGUACGGAGUGCGGGCAGGCGUAACCGUCAUCGACCUCGACCAAACAUUACCGCUCCUGCGCCGGGCGGCGAAGCUUGUUCGCGCAAUUGCCUACGCGGGCGGCCAAGUAGUCUUCAUCGGCACUCGACCAGACCUGCGACCGGUCGUCCAAAAAGCAGCACAGCGCCUAGGGGGACAAGGCUUCUACGUUGGUGAAAGGUGGCUUCCAGGGACUUUGACCAACAAGAUGCAACUUUACGGAGCUGACGUUGUCAAAGACCAAAAAGUUACACCCGAUCUCGUUGUCCUUCUCAAUCCCCUCGCAAACAUGAAUGCCAUUCGCGAAUGCGCAAUCGAACACGUCCCCACCAUUGGCGUCAUCGACUCGAACGCAGACCCGAGAAUCGUAAUGUACCCUAUACCGGCCAACGAUGAGAGCACACGAGCAGCGGAGUUGAUCGCUGGUGUACUCAGUAUCGCGGGACGGGAGGGAGCGUCGCUGCGCAGGGCAGAAGCAGAGAGAGAGCAAGAGCACACACGAGAUAGACGGUCACGGCAAUCCAAGCAACAGUACAACACGUUCGACUACUAA